AUCCCCGUGUUUACCCGCCCGAUGGAGGGUGGUGGGAUGACGAAGGAAGCCCAGAUGACGUCCCUCGCCUCUGAGCACGACACCCAACGCGCUCUCCGGCGAAUCCAGAAGCUCUCCCUCCAUCUCCUUCAACCUUCGCCAUUUCUUGAUCCUGAAAGUUCCGGCGACAAGAACUGGAUAGUCCCGUCGCCUUGUACCGGUGGCCGCGGGAGACCGCUUCUAUCUGUCAGCCGGGCAGAGUUGGUGGAAUACAUGAAGGGGAGGCAUCGAGAGAUCCAGGAACGGAUCUUCAACUUUUUCGUCUCGCGGCCGGAGUUGCAGACGCCAGUGGAGAUCUCCACAGCAGACCAUCGUGUGCUCUGCAUGCGGCAGCUCACAGCCCUGGUCCGCGAGGCCGGAAUCCGGCCGUUCCGGUAUGCGAUUGAGGAUCCUUCUGUUUAUUUUGCCAUCGUUGAAGCCGUCGGGGGCAUAGACAUCUCUCUCGGGAUCAAGUUGGGCGUGCAGUACAGGUAAAUUUCUGAUAUCCCUCUUUCAAAUGGAAGAUUGAACAGGGGAUCAGAGGAUGAGGGUUUCUUAAUUAUAAUAGCUGUACAGAAUUUUGGAA